AUUUUAAUCAAACAUUUUACUGACAUCACUCCUCCAUCAGAGCCCAGUCCUCUAUCAGAUCCCAGUCCUCCAUCAGAUCCCAGUCCUCUAUCAAAGCCCAGUCCUCCAUCAGAGCCCAGUCCUCCAUCAGAGCCCAGUCCUCCAUCAGAGCCCAGUCCUCUAUCAGAGCCCAGUCCUCCAUCAGAGCCCAGUCCUCCAUCAGAGCCCAGUCCUCUAUCAGAGCCCAGUCCUCUAUCAGAGCCCAGACCUCUAUCAGAUCACAGUCCUCCAUCAGAGCCCAGUCCUCCAUCAGAGCCCAGUCCUCUAUCAGAUCCCAGUCCUCUAUCAGAGCCCAGUCCUCUAUCAGAUCCCAGUCCUCUAUCAGAGCCCAGUCCUCCAUCAGAGCCCAGUCCUCCAUCAGAUCCCAGUCCUAUAUCAGAUCCCAGUCCUCCAUCAGAUCCCAGUCCUCCAUCAGAUCCCAGUCCUCCAUCAGAUCCCAGUCUUCUAUCAGAUCCCAGUCCUCUAUCAGAGCCCAGUCCUCUAUCAGAUCCCAGUCCUCCAUCAGAGGAGGCUUAGGGUUAGCCUGUUAUGUGAUAGCACAUUCAUUGAUUAACGUUCAAAACCAUUCACUUCUACGUGUACAUCCACUGAGACUUUUUAGUGUCAGUCAAUGGCGACGGCCAUUGACACACUAUGAUGCUCAACUGUAAUAUCAUAUUAUUAGUUAGCUAGCUAGCGUUAGCUCACAUAACCAGCAU